AAUAAAUUAUAAUCUACAGAUAGUUUAACACAUAUCUCAUAAAUGUUUGUAUAAUAAACCACUGUUUUUUCAGGGACAUUAUUUUAAGUUUCACAAUAUUUUCAGAGUUUGGGCAUGAACUUUAUUACCACCUGCUGGUGGAAUCUCCAAACUGCAAAUGCAUGAACUAAAUUUAGACUUUGCUCUGUGAUGAGACAUGCUUCUCAAACAUCUUAGUGCAAUGACCUAUUUCUCAGGAAGAUUGCGCUAUGCACCACUUCAUUACCAUACAAUACAACCACAUUAUAUGCACUUUCACCCACAGAUAGCAUGAACACUACACCCAUGCCAACUUGCACUUUGCGCUGGCCCAAAAAUGUCACUUAGAAAAGCACUCUCAAAAAAAAUUGGUAGACAUAGCGCACGGUUGUUGCACGUAAUGCUGCACUUAGCGUGGUCAUGAAAAUAGAGCCCUAUGUGUUAUUAAACUGGUUGUGCUUUUACCUCUGCUUCAGUUAUGGCUUCCUCCUGUGGUCUACUUUUUGAAGAGCUCCAGUGUUCAAUUUGUCUGGAUGUGUUCACUGAUCCAGUCACCACUCCAUGUGGACACAACUUCUGCAAGAUCUGUCUGAAAGAUUGCUGGGACAGCAGUCUGCAAUGCUUUUGCCCCGUUUGUAUAGAAAAAUUCCCCUUAAGACCCAAUCUUAAGAUCAAUAUAACAUUUAGGGAGGUUGUGGAACAGUUUAAGAGAAGGAAAAAUCCUGCCAAACCUGGAGAAGUUCAAUGUGAUGCCUGUACAAAUAUAAAGCAAAAGGCUCAGAAAUCGUGUUUGGACUGCGGCGUGACUUACUGUGAGACUCACCUUGAGCCUCAUUACACAGUGGCAAAACUGAAGAAGCACAAACUGAUCAAGCCUGUUGAUAAUUUGGAGGACUAUAUGUGUCAGAAACACAAGAGACCUCUGGAGUGGUUCUGUUUACAUGAUCGGAUAUGUGUGUGUCUGUUCUGCAGUUUGACAGACCACAAGCCUCACAACACUGUUCCUAUUGAAGAGAGUAGUGAGGCGAGGAAGGCUCAGGUAGAGAAGAAGUUGACAGAAGUACAUCAGAUGAUACAGGAUAGAAAGAAGAAAAUUCAAGAGAUUGAACAGUCAGUACAGCUCAGAAAAGAAAAUGCAGAUAAAGAGAAAACUUACUGCUCCACAGUCCUUACUGGUCUGAUUUGCUCUAUUGAGAGAUGUGAGGCUGAGCUGCUUGAUGUGAUGGAGCUGAAGCAGAAAGCAGCAGAAAUGCAGGCUAAAGCACUCAUUAAAGAGCUGGAGAAGGAAAUCACAGAGCUAAAGAGGAGAGACACUGAGCUGGAGCAGCUCUCACACACUGAGGAUCACCUCCACCUCCUACAGUAUUACCGUUCUCUGUUCAACCCUUUAAAUACCAAGAACUGGACUAAGAUCAACAUUAACACUCAUGUGAAUAUGGACACAUUGAUGAGAGCUUUGAUUCAUUUGAAGGAGACUAUGGAUGAGAAAUUAAGUGAAACAGUGGAUGUGUCUUUUGAUCCCGAUACAGCUCAUCCUACUCUCAUCCUGUCUGAAGAUAGAAAACAGGCAAAACAAGGACGUAUCAAAGUCACCAAAAAGCUGAAUGUUCCAGAAAACCGAAAGAGAUUCACAAAUUACAUCAUAGUCCUGGGAAAGGAGGGCUUCUCUUCGGGCAGAUUUUAUUACGAAGUACAGAUAGAAAAGAAAACUAACUGGGUUUUAGGAGUAGCCAGAGAAUCCAUUUACAGGAAGCAGAAAAUGACACUGAGUCCUGAGGAUGGAAAUUGGACUGUUGGCCUAAUGAAUGGGAAUGAGUAUCAGGCUUGUGAAUCUCCCUCUGUCUCUCUCUCUCUAAAAGUGAAGCCCCAGAAAGUGGGGGUGUUUGUGGAUUAUGAGGGGGGUCUGGUCUGCUUUUAUGAUGUGGAAUCUUUGUAUCACAUCUACUCUUUCACUGGUCAGUGUUUUACUGAGAAACUCUAUCCAUUCUUCAGCCCAUGUAGUAAUGCUAAUGGUAAAAAUGCAACCCCAUUGGUCAUUUUACCCAUUAAAAAUCCUGUUUGAAUGCAAAAUGAAACCUUUUCUACACCAUUUGCGCUUAUGCCACAGGCUUGUUUAAGGUAUUGUACUGUCACAAAAAAUAAUAAUAAUGUCAGUUUUUAGUAUUAUACCAAUCAUCAGGAUAUUGAUAUCAUGAUGCAAAACCAUGGUGAUAAAUCCAAAAAUCAAUGCCAGUGCAUUGCCUAAAAGGACAGAUUUGAAAAAAGUAAUUCAAAAGGUCAAACAGGGCUGACAUCAGUUGUCCAUUGAGGUGAGAUUAGGACCUAAAUACUUAAUGGGAGGAUUCAGGGUAAACUGUUCACAGAAUAAACUGCAAAACCCUGCAACAUUUUUACUUUGAUUUCUUUUUAUUUUAUUGAUAGUCUUUUGGCAGUUGUUGUGCUUUAAUGUUUUAUCUGAUCAGUAUUUGAUUUUCUUCAGAUUCAUUAUUUUUGUGUGUGUUGUGAAUUUUUUUAAUAUGCUCAAAAAAUCAGGCUCUUAUGUGGUGUAAUUAAUUGAUCCAGGGCUAAAUGUCGAACAUGUGCCAAUUCUGUUCCAAUAUGAAGAUUGUAAAGCAUUUUCACAUGAAAACUCAGAUUUUACAGAGGUCCAAAACAUUGACAGAACAAACUUUUGACCAAGAACCAAGCAACACAAAAGAACGCAAGGAAACACCACAACACGCUGGUACAUCUCCAAUAGUGUGCUCAAAGUGCUGGUGUAUUGUUAAAUACUUUGGGUAAUCCGAUAGCAAAUCGAUGUAGACUCAAAGAAGGAUAAAUGGUUCUUAAGGCAUUGUCGACAGACUCCAUAAAGUUCAUUUUCACUUUAAUGAUCAUUUAUUUCACAUUCUUUUCAUCAACCUUUCUCAUGUAUAGGCUAUGUGUUAGGUUAGUUUUAUGUUUAGAAUAGCAAUAAAGUUUGUCUGUAGGCCUAUUCAAAGAUGAUUUGAACUGUGGUAUGUUUUAAUAAAUAAUCUUA